ACUUAUAUAAAAAGCUUUGAAAAGUCGAACCAUAAUAAAGAUAUGGAAACAUCAGUCUCUUGUUUGCUCUCGUGUCUGAUUCUUGUUGUGAUCAUCGCCACCAUUUUCGUACACUUGUUUCACGCAGUGGUGGUCUAUGCACUUUUUAGCCAGUUGUACAUAGGUACCUGCUCGAAGUGCUAUGUCUGGCUUAGUGGUGAACUCUUUUUACCAUUAUUGAGGCCACAAUAAUUGAAGAACAAAAAAAAAGUUAUGCCAGAAACGCAAAAACCGUAAGUCGACGAAUCACCAGUGUUCAAUCUCAUCUCAAAAUGCCAUCACUGAGGCAAAAGGUGACUACCUACUUUAGGCAAUUUAGCUUUAUUGCUGAUCGUGAGGAACGAAUUACUCCUGAGAACAAAGUGUCGGAUGGAUCCUUCAUAACACGGUAUCUGGAUGGGACAUGGAAACCACCAGAUUCUAUACCAAAGAUUAGAUCUGGAAAGGAACCGACUGAACUACCAGAACAUAGUAUUAACAAGUAUAAAACUGGAACCGAGUCCGUAACGGCGGCCUACACGGGCCCUGACAAAGGGUUGACUGGUAUUCGUAGAACGCGUAACCAUCUGAGUGCAGGCCCUGAAAUAGAUUUUAUAGAUACUCAUUUGGAGCAAGAUAUUCAAAGUGACACUACAUUGGGCAAGAAAUUACAAAAUUCCAUCAAAAAUGCAAAAGCGGACACAAACGCAAAUAGAAGAACCGUUACAGCAUGUAAAGAAACGGCGAAGGUAUUACAGACGCAAAAAAAUGCAACCAAAGAGUUACAAACCGAAAGCGUGAUCUCAUCCGUAAUCGAAACAAUUGAUAAUGGCAAUGACAACACGGUUAUCAAGAGCACCUUGGACGCAACGGAUACGACAGACCCAAUAGCGAACAUAACGAACUGGAACAUCCCGGAUGAUCACGCAUAUGGAAUAUCGGUUUCGUUAUAUGAGAAGAAUUUCAUCACAGGGGAAAACAUUGGAAAUCCAGUGGCCGAUUGUUUUGGAAUAAUUGCAAGAGAAACUACUUGCAUAAUGGCGUUAGCGGACGGGGUUAACUGGGGUGAUGGAGCACAGCUCGCAGCGAGGUGUGCAGUACAAGGUGCAAUUGAGUAUUUGAACUCGGCAAUAUUUGGAAUUCAUCAGACGUCUUCAACAAAAGACAUAUUUGUAAGUUUGGUACGCAGCUUUUGGGAGGCGCACGCCUAUAUAAUGGAAGCCGGAGGAGCGUUGACUACGUUAACUGUUCUAGUGGUUUUACCACUGUCCGAAGAACCGGGCAAAUAUGUUGCAUGUUGCUGCAAUGUCGGCGAUUCCCUCGGAUACGUAUACUCCAAAGUUCAUGGAGUGCGAGAAAUCACUGAAGGUUCCCAUGAUGUGAAUUCCAUGCGUGACAUGCGCGAUGCUCUCGGUGCCCUUGGACCAGUCAACGGUGAUAAACCGGAAAUGACAAACCUAACACUUGCAUUGACAGUCUUGGAAAAAGACGACAUCGUGUUCCUUACAUCAGAUGGCAUAAGUGAUAAUUUUGACCCUGUGGUGGGUAAGUUUGCUGAACCACUAACGCAUAAAGUUCAGCCACUGGCUCCUCAAUCUAACCAAGCUCGCCUAGCACCUAAAAGACAAAACAAAAGUGCGUCCAGUAUUAUGUCUAAGCAAAAAGAAACAGUAGAGACAAACGCUAGAGUAGGACCGUCAUCAAGGCCGCCAGUGGUUUCACACGCGCCAACGUCACAAAGAAGACCAAUGUCUACAGGUUCAUCGGUGGAUGGAGUCAGACGAACUUACACCAGGUCGAAGACGUUCAUCGAACCAAGGUUGCGGAUAACCAAUCAACCAUCAAGGACAUCGGCAUUGCCGUUGGUGACAGGUGCCCAAAGGCAUCAGUUAACGCUGUUGCGAAUGGCCGAUCUUCUAACAUACGGCAUAAAUGGAACUCUAAGACCUUGUACUACUGCCAAGCAGCUAUGCCAGCUGUUGAUCGAUUUUGCGACAUGCAUCACAUCCGCAAAGAGAAAGAUGCUGGAGCAACGUGAGCUGUAUUACAGAUUUGUAACUGACAAGGAUGGCCGCCGAAAAGAGGUAGAAUAUACUAAACAUCAGCAAAAGAUGGCCCGUAAGCGGAUGGUAGAAGGGAGCACGUUUUCUUCGCUUCCGGGAAAGCUGGAUCAUGCAUCGAUUGUUGCGUACACAGUUGGUGUGGAGCGUGCAUAUACAGAAACGAACCUCUAGUGAACUGAAAUAUGUAAUGUAAUUUUGAUGAAUCUACAAUAUGAGCUGACUGGUCUCGCUUUUUUCAAAUAACCAAUAUGGAUAAACCUUAAUAAAAUCAAUAAUAAUCAUUUACUGGUAAA